CUCAAAUACACGCUUCACAAUGUCCUCGUCAAAUUACAGCUUCAAGACCGCUCUCGUAACCGGCGGCGGCGGCGGUAUCGACAAAGCGCUCUCGCAACAGGUCAUUAAGGAUGGCAAGACUGUCAUCAUUGCAGGCCGCACAGAAUCAAAGCUGAAGGACUCUGCGAAAGAAAUUGGCGCAACAGCAUACUACUGCUCUGUCACCGCCAUAUGCACUUUCGUUAGGUAUGUCCUCAACACCGGCGAUGUCGCCUCGAUACCCGACUUUGUCAAGAAGAUCACCAAAGAACACCCAGACCUCGACUGCCUGAGCAACAAUGCCGGCGUGCAGCGCCCACUGGAUGUCAAUGACAUGGAGACCUCCGAGUUCACACAAAAAGCCGAUCAAGGAAUCGACAUCAAUAUCCGCGGCCCCAUGCACCUCGCCCUCCACCUCUUGCCGCACUUAAAAUCCAAACCCGCCGCCCUAAUCGUCAACGUAUCCUCCGUUCUCGGCUUCGUCCCCUUCUCCAUCAUCAAACCCUGUCUACAACGGGACAAAAGCGUGGAUGCACUUCUGGAGCAUGGCUUUGCGUGUCCAAUUGAAAGGCUCCAGUGUCAAUGUUGUGGAGAUUGCGCCGCCGACUGUGGCAACGGAUUUGCAUAGGGAGGGGGAGAAUCCGGUUGAUAAAGAAGGAGAAUAACGAGAGUGCGUUGAGUGUGGAGGAGUUUGUGGAUGAGACGGUGCAAAAGUGGAGGGAGGGGGAGGAGAUGAUAAGUGCUGGGAUGGGAGUCAGAUCGUUGAGAGUUGGGAGGGGAGUAUGGGGAAGGUGUUUGAGAAGAUGACUUAAGUCUACUGAAGGUGUAGGUUUGGAGUAUGCGAAUGCUCCAGCUGGAAUAUACGGCUCCGAACAAGACAGGAAGGCAUACAUAGAAUGGAAGAUAGGCAACAUUUCAACGUCAGAACAGAUAUCAAAAACACACUGCC